GCAGAAACACCAUCUUGUAUAAAAGCAUCAGUUACUUGAAUUGUAUUAAACCCAUAUGCUAUAAAAUAAUUAAUAAUUAGUUUGUAAGAGUUGGGAGGAGAAAAAAAAUAGUGGAAAAGAAGGGAAAAAACAAAAACAGAGUAUAAAGAGAAGAGCUAAUGAUUCGAGCGACGAUAAAAGUUGAGUGUUCGAGAGAAGCGUCUCAGAGACUGUGAAAAUUCAUCAAAAUCCUCUCUUACAGUGCGUGCCACGAUUCGGUCCCCAUCUUGUGCGUCGAUUUUGUCUCCUUCCACUCUCUCUCUCCAGAUCAUUACUUACUUCUCUCUCUCUGCCGUCUUCUUCUCCUCUAUUCUCUCGAUUCACACUCUGCAUUUGGAUUGAUGUCUCUUUAAUGCUUCGAGGAUCUCGUUUUCUCUCUUCGCCGCCAGCUUCGUCUUCUUCAGUUUCUUGUACCCCUCUGUUUUCCCAGGUCUCUGUCUGUAAGGGAAACACCAUGCCUCUGUUUGAGCUUUUCAGGCUCGCCAACGCUAAUGUUGAAUAUGCUCAAGACGAGAACACUUCUCCACCCGUGGAUGAAGUUGUUGAGCUGGUUUGGGAAAACGGUCAGAUCUCAACUCAAAGCCAGUCGAGCAGAUCAAGAAACAUCCCACCACCACAAUCUAUUCAUCAAGCAAGAGCUAGAGAGAUCGGAACUGGCUCAAAGGCCACGAUGGUGGACGAGAUCCCGAUGUCAGUGCCCUCACUAAUGACCGGUUUGAGUCAAGACGAUGACUUGGUUCCGUGGCUGAACCCUCAUCAAUCCCUUGAUGGAUAUUGCUCUGAUCUCUUGCAUGAUGUUUCUCCUGUUACCGUCAACGAGCAAGAGAGCGAUGCUUUCCCGAGAAGAAACAAUGGGAAUGAAUUAGCUCCGGCUGCUUCUUCAUCUCAGUUCAACGGUUUUGAUUCACAUUCUCUGUAUGGAACCGGUAGAGCUAGAGAUCCUGUUAGCCAACCAGCCAAACCAGAUCAAUUCACUCAGAGACAGGAACCGUUAGUAACUAGCAACAAGCCUGGUUUGCUCAACUUUUCGCAUUUCUUACGCACGGCAGCUUUGGCUAAGACUAAUAAUGUCUCUAAAGAGAAGAGUCCUCAAAGCCCGCCGAAUGUGUUUCAGACUAGAGUUCUUGGAGCUAAAGACAAGGUUCUCAACGAGCCUAAGGAUAAUAACCAAAAGACUUGCUUAGUUUCAGAAGACUCAAAUAGAAAAGAGCAAGAGAGUGAAAAGGCUGUUGUGUGUUCUUCUGUUGGGUCUGGUAAUAGUCUCGAUGGACCUUCUGAAAGUCCUUUAAAAAGAAAGCAUUUGGAUGUUCAGGACAUUGAGUGUCAUAGUGAAGAUGUUGAGGGAGAAUCAGGAGAUGGAAGAAAAGAAACAGCUCCAUCUCGAACAGGCAUUGGUUCAAAGAGAAGCCGCUCGGCUGAAGUGCAUAAUCUGUCUGAAAGGAGACGGCGUGAUAGGAUUAACGAGAAGAUGCGUGCUCUUCAAGAACUCAUACCAAACUGCAACAAGGUGGACAAAGCUUCGAUGCUAGAUGAAGCAAUCGAGUAUCUAAAGUCACUUCAACUUCAAGUACAGUUCAUGUCAAUGGCGUCUGGUUACUACAUGCCACCGGUUAUGUUCCCACCGGGUAUGGGGCAUCAUUACCAAGCAGCAGCAAUGGCGAUGGGCAUGGGAAUGCCUUAUGCAAUGGGCUUGCCUGAUAUGAGCCGUGGAGGUCCCUCUGUUAACAACGGACCACAGUUCCAGGUUCCCGGGAUGCAACAACCAGUGGCCAUGGCUAUUCCACGUGUCUCUGCUGGUGGUUUCUUUGGUUCUUCAACGGUGGAGAUGAAUAAGAGUGAUGAUGGUUCGACUAGAGAUUUAUCUGGUGGUACUAAAGAUCAAACAACGACAAAGGACAACAAUAGCUUGAGACCGAUUAAGAGAAAACAGGCGUCUUCUGAUCAGUUUUGUGGAUCGUUAUGACAUAAACACAAACUUAAGCACUGAUGCAUUAAUUAUUAUCAAUAGCAUUCAAACAAAUCAAUUCUAAAACCCGCAAAUACAUAAAAUAAAUUUGUGUUCAUUACAUGAUAAAAAAGUGUUUUGGUGCUUCUGCUGUCGGUAAUUUGUGCUUGUUAAUUGUAACAUUAUUUUAAAAUGAAAAAUUUGAUGUUGGUAAUACUAUAUGUUUGUGAA